ACUUUAUUUUUGGCAAACCGUAUUUUCGUACUUGAUAAGAAUUCAUUACAUUUUUGUAUGUUUGAAUUUCACGACAGUAUUCUUUUCUUCCAUUUUUAUUGCAAAUUUGAACAUGUUACUUUUUAAAAACAGAGAUAUAUCUAUUAACAUAUUUUAAUAGUUUAAAAACUAGUUCCCCGUAACAGGAAAACGAGAACCAGUACCAGUUGAACUUGCAGGAACGUGUAGAAAAUGGCCGACGAGGCGAUUGAACAAACAACAGAGACAGAACAGCCUGUUCAAAAUGACGCCGUUGAGCAGGUGCCUGGAACGGAAGGAAUUCCAGACGGGUUUGGCGAUGGCUCUAAAGGUUUUCGUGGUGGAUUUGGGGGCCCGCCGCGCGGGAGAGGAUUUCCAAGAGGUCCAAGAGGACCGGGAGGACCACCGAGAUUUAGAGGGCCACCAGGACCUCCGGGCAUGCGCGGUCCACCAGGGAUGAGGGGGCCGCCUCCAGGGAUGCGAGGACCACCAAGACCUUAUGGCAGACCACCUUUUGAUCCUAAUUAUGGUCCCCCACCACCAGGGAUGGGUCCUCCAGGAAUGGGCCCACCAGGAAUGGGACCGCCUGGCAUGGGUCCUCCAGGAAUGGGGCCACCUCCAGGAAUGAGACCUCCAAUGAUGCCGCCCCCUGGAAUGCCUCCCCCGGGGAUGCCACCCCCGAACUUCUCUGUCCCACCACCAGGAUUCCCCCAACCCUCCCUGGCUCCCCCAGGGACAGGUGGGGAAGAACUAUGGGUAGAGACGAAAACUGCAGAAGGGAAGGCAUACUACUACAAUGCCAGGACAAGAGAGUCAGCAUGGACAAAACCAGAAAAUGUUAAAAUCAUAACCCAGGCAGAAGUGGAAGCUAUGGCUGCUCAACAGACAGGGACACCAUCCAGCACAGGAAUAAAUGGAGGUCAAGGUCAGACUUCACAGACACCGGCAGUCAAUGGAGAACAAACUCCAGGCUUCUCCAACUCUAUGAUGACACCAGGCUUCACCCCGCCAUUCUUACAACACAGUCAAACCAACAAUCAGGGGAUGGGUGAGGAAAUGCAGCAACAAGUCCCAGAGGCUGUCGCUGCCCAUAAACUACCCACCACUCAGCUGCCCCCCAAACCUGCAGAAGUGGCCGAGUGGUCCGAACAUAAGAACGCUGACGGCAGGUCCUACUACUACAAUGCAGUCAAGAUGGAGUCCACUUGGGACAAACCACCUGCUCUAGUGGAAUGGGAAGCUAAAAUAGCAGCGCUGCAGCAACCUCAGCAGCCAGUGACUUCCCCUGAAGACAGUGGAGAGGGCACCACUGCUCCACCUCAAGAUAGCAGUGAAGAAAUUGCCAUGGAGACCAAUGAAAAAGAGGCUGAAGAAGAGGUGAAGAAGGAAGAGCCAGAAGAGAAAGUCGAGGAACAGAAGAACGUGGACAAGUCCCGUCCUGUAUCCAGUACUCCUGUACCGGGAACCCCAUGGUGUGUGGUGUGGACAGGAGAUGGUAGAGUCUUCUUCUACAAUCCAAGUCAGCGAGCCUCGCUUUGGGAGAAGCCGGAGGAGCUACUUAAUCGAGCAGACGUGGAUAAGAUGAUCCAGGGGCCACCUGACGGCAACAAAGGACCAGACAAAGAAGAAGAGGAACCCCAAGCCAAGAAGGCCAAGAUCGAACCAGAGGAAACUGAGGACAGGAAGGAAGGAGGACCGCGGACAAUCGACGUAGGUAAGGAAGCUGCAAUAGAAGCCGAGGUCCAGGCCGCGCGACAGAGGGCUGUGGUUCCACUGGAGAUCCGCAUGAAGCAGUUCAGGGAUAUGCUGGCGGAGAAAGAGGUGUCUGCAUUUUCUACGUGGGAGAAAGAGCUGCACAAAAUUGUGUUUGACCAGCGUUACCUGCUGUUGACGUCCAAAGAAAGGAAGCAAGUGUUCGAGCAAUACGUCAAGGAACGGGCAGAGGAGGAGAGACGCGAAAAACACAGGAAACUCCGCGAAAAGAAGGAUGCUUUCCGACAACUUCUUGAGGAGGCUAAGUUACAUGGAAAGUCAUCCUUCAGUGAGUUCGCUUCAAAGUAUGGUAAAGACGAAAGAUUCAAAGGAAUUGAAAAAAUGCGAGAAAGAGAGAGCGUUUUCAGCGAUUACUGCUGUGAUUUGCGUCGUAAAGAAAAGGAAGAGAAAUCCAGUCAGAAAGAGAAGCUGAAGGCAGACUUCAUCCAACUUCUGAAGGAGACAUCAGACAUUGACCGGCAUUCGCGCUGGAGUGAAACAAAACGUAAGAUCGACUCCGAUCCCCGCUAUAAAGCAGUAGACAGCAGUUCACGCCGUGAGGACUGGUUUAAGGAUUAUGUCCGAAAGUUGGAGGACAAGCGGGAGAAAGACAAAGAAAAGGAGAAGGAUGAGGAUUCUGAUGAUGAGAGAAAAGAACGCGAGAAACAGGAAAGAAUUGAGGCCAGUAUAAGAAAGCGUACGGAGGAAGUGGAGCGGUCCCUGUCCAGUUCCUUGAGGGAAAGAGACAAGGAGAGGGAGCAGCAUAAAAAGGAUGAGGCAGUCCAGCUGUUUAACGCUCUCCUAGUGGACCUGGUACGUAACUCUGAGGCAACAUGGCGUGACACCCGUAAACAGCUGCGGAAGGAUCACCGCUGGGAAUUGGCCGAGUUACUUGACCGUGAAGAAAAAGAGAAGAUUUUUGAGGAACACAUAGAAAGUCUGUUCAAGAGAAACAAAGAGAUGUUCCAUAAACUGUUGGAUGAGACUAAUAUCAGUCUGGUGGCAGGCUGGAAGGAAGUGAAGAAGGUCAUCAAAGAAGAUCCUCGCUAUUCCAAGUUCUCCUCAAGUGACAGGAAGAGAGAGAAGGAAUUUAGUGACUAUAUCCAUGAGAAGUACAUCCAAGCCAAAGCAGACUUCCGAGAACUGCUGAAGGAGACCAAGCUAAUCACAUACAAAUCUAAGAAACUGAUAGAGGAAUCCGAUUCUCAUCUCAAAGACAUAGAGAAAAUUUUAGAGAAUGAUAAGCGCUACCUGGUUUUGGAAUGCGCACCAGAAGAAAGAGCCAAGAUCCUGCUGGCCUACGUGGAGGAUCUACACAGACGGGGGAUACCUCCCCCUCCCACAGCCUCCGAACCCUCCAGACGAUCCACUAAGUGAGGGUCUCCAUGGCAACAAUUGUAGACUGUUAGAUAUUGUGUUCAAUCAUCUUGCUGUUUUCAUCGUACUUACAAAUGUACAGCUGGCGUUUUAAUUUGUUAAGGUAUCAUAAUAUCAAAUGUUUUAUGUGUAACAAAUGGUUUACAUUUUAUGAAAAAUCCACAUUUUUGUUGUCAUUUUAUGUUUUUUACUCUAGACAAUAAAACUUCUGAACUGGU